GAAUGGCAAAAGCUUCACGCUUUGUAAAAAUGGCGGACAGGCGUCAGCCCCCACGAAAUGUGCAAUCUUUGGAGAAUGAAGACAGUAGCAGCAGCAGUUCGGAAGGACAGAGUGACAGUGGUUCGAAUUCCAAUUCGCUUAAUGCGUUCGUUAAUGACGGAGGUUUUCUCGAAAGGUUCAAACAAAUGCAGGAAGCUUGCAAGCAGCAAGCCGCUUCACAGGAGGCUCAGUUCGCUGUUCCGCAGUCCGACAGUGCCGCUACAGUUUCGGUGGAAAAUGAGAAAACCGAGCCCACCGAACCGGACGCGUCUGCUCUUGCGGCCAAGAAACGGACGCUCCCAUUCGUGGGUAAAAGAAGGGGUGGAAAAGUUCUAAAGACGGGCAUUGUCCACAAGCCGAAGGUUGAAGAUGAGGAGGAGCUUCCCAAGGAUGCCUGGUCACGGUACUUGGCCGAAGUACGCAAAUACCGAGAGCGCUCGUGUGAUGAUGAAGAGAAGACCCGGCCACUUGUCAAGUGAUGCACACUUCAGCAACAAGUGACAGAGCGAGACAUUACAGCACCUUUGGAACCACUCGCCCACAGACAUUCUUCCUAAUGGCUGCUUGCUGUUUGGUUGAGGGAUGUAUGUAUGAAGUAAAGUUAACCGGUCUGCUAAGUAGCAUCUUGCCAUCAGCGAUGUCUCGCAAUAUAAAAGUGAAAAAAAAAAAAGCUAUGGCGGGCAGUGCACCACGGCACUUAUUUAUACUGUACAUAUUUUGCAGUAAUAAAUUUUGUUAACAGGUGAGCAAUGUUGUUACAGUGUAAGAUCGAGAUGCUUGCUUGUAUAGAAGUUAAGAUUCUGGCUAUGUUUUUAAUGUGGCAUGCCUAACUAAUAACACUGGGCUGAAGGCAGCAAUACAAAUUAUGUGGCCAAUAAGCAACUGUAGUACGACGACAUUUAAUUUCAAGGGAGCUGUUCGUAGAUCAUGGGCAAAAGUUGUGCGCUCACUGCAUGUGCAGCAAGCAGAUGGCCUCCCAUCGAGUUGUGAGAUAUGAGGAACUAGCCUCGGUAAACUUUUUCCAAUUUUGGUUCUAGGGGGAGAUAGUGUAUGCAUGUUGCUUUACAAAGGAGCCCUGCCACUGGCAGUGUUGCAUUACUAGGGGAACUAGGCUUUUGGUAUGUUACAAACAUGAUUGCAUUAAACAUUUAUUCCUGGGCAUCCUAUAGGUUGCUGGGGCAUAGAAAGCAGUGUUGUGGUUCCCUUCAGUUGCAAUUUUCGGAACUAGGGGAACUAGGCUUUUGGUAUGUUACAAACAUGAUUGCAUUAAACAUUUAUUCCUGGGCAUCCUAUAGGUUGCUGGGGCAUAGAAAACAGUGUUGUGGUUCCCUUCAGUUGCAAUUUUCGGAACUUUUUUCAAUUCUUUUUUUUUUUUUCAGUAACGUAGUGGUCAUGUCGCUGUGGAACUAACCACAAAAAAUUUCAUGCCACCCCACCUUCAUUUUUUUCCCUGCAAUUCUCGCAGGAUUUGGUUGUUGAAAUCAUGUUUGUUGACAAUACAAUACUUGGACAAUACUUUUAACUUAAUUGUCGAUGACACUUUGUUUUCUAUAACUUUCUUGUAUAGUCCUGUUAUGCUUCGUUUUUACAAUAAAUGGUUGAAAGCUGGAUAAACGCUCAAAAUAUUGUUUACAAUGCUUUUCAUUAGGUAUUUUGCACUGUAAGAAAAUUGGCCUGUUUUGGUUAGAAUUAGGAUAGUACUGUGGUGCAGAAAGGGCAUGUGCAUAGUAAAAACUUAAUGUUCCAGGACUUGCCUUAAUUUCUUCAAAGCCAUGCUAAUGUAAAUCUUCUGUUUUGUACAGUUGUGUGUAUCCAUCUUGUGCAACCUCUUUGUACUGCCUGUGUCACCACUGAGCACCUGAAGUAAUUAAUGCACUCGGUUCCUUUUUUUUUUCUUUUUUCCUUUCUUGCUGUUCAGGUUGGCAAAACUGUAUUGCUGCACUGACUUUGUUAAAUAUUUACAGCUAAGCUAACUAGAUUUCUGGACCAGCUAUGUGGUACAAAAGUAUUCGUGGGGAAAAGAGCUAACGCAGUUUUACAUAGAGGUUUUCUGUGCAACAAGUUCUUUGUUUACCGUCAGAACUUCCUAUCAUUUUGUCUUGAUGCACAAUAUUGCUUGGUGCUUCAGACAAUUGAAUUGUGACAUGGAGAACAUAUGAAAAGAGCUGUUUGUAGUUGUCCAUGCACAUAUUUUUUUACCCCCAUUAUGACAAGAGAGCACUGUUUGGGUAUUGAGUUGAUACUACACUAGGAGCUGGUGAAGCAAGUGAUAUUUAACAGACUGGCAUUUGAGCAUUGUUCACAGAUGUCAUUUGCUACUCGUGCUGGUGAUUUAAUGGGACAAUGCUCAGUUCUCUCUUUUUCUUGUUAAACUGCAGACUUUUUGGGCACUGAUGACAAGUUUUUUCAGCACCAAGGCUGCUAAACUUGGCAACAACAGAACAUGUAGCCCGACAAAACAAGGUCAUAAGGAUCACACGGGGAAAAACCUGACAUGGCCUCUCAGAAGUAGAAAGUUGGUCAGUUUAGUUUAAGUCCCUUCAGUAACAAUGGCAACAUUACAAUGGGUGUGCCAUGUUUCUAUCUCAAAAUCACAAGCAUAAACUGAUCACAUUUUAAAUUUGCAGACACUUUUUAGCAGACUUGCUUUGCAAAAUCAUAUUACAAGCAAUGCGUGAUAGAUAAAAGCAUGAAAAAAUGAAUGUUUUUGGCUGUACCAGUAGGUAUGAUGUAGAGCACCGCCUUCUUUUGCAGUUUUUGCCAGUGCUGCAUUAUGUUGAACUAAAUUAAUGGUUAUAGUGAGCGUGGAACAGUCAAUUUUAUUCCCUUAGCUAACACAUUUUACACCGAGAUAAAGUGACCACAUUUGUCAAAACAGUAGGUCAUUUGUAAACUCUUGCUCUUUUUCAGUAGUGCCUGCUUUUAAUGACACUGACACAAGAAAUGUGUGAAAGUUUGUUUUGAUGGAAAAAAUUGGCGCCGAAACUGACCAGCUAUUAAGAAAGCAGUAAUCAUAAACGAACCUGUGGAUAGUCACUUGUUUUUAAAAAAGAAGCACGAUAAAACAGAGCACAAGAACAAGAAGAUCACAUGGCCUCUUGCCUUGUCUCCAAAUUUUGUUUGAUACAUUCAUUUUUUUGAAGUUCAAGUGAGUCAAGUUCGGGACACUUAUACCAUUUGGCAUGGUGGAUAGCACGUAAACGUUACAUGUAUCAACAUUUACUGAGAAUUUAAAAUUGAAUUCCUUUAAAAAGUGGCAGAAGUAAAAAAUUUUCUGUUUCUGAUGUGGUGAAUGCAACUGUUGGAAAAUUGUACAUGCCAUGUGUGCAUAUGGUGUACAGAUGAGUGCUGUCUCCGUAGAGUCCUUGUUAUCACUCCACAUGCAUGUCUGUGAAUGCAUACCCACAGUUUGAAUGUACAGGUUCCAAUAAAAGUUCUACUUAUGAAAUGCAGA